GCCCGUAAUGUCAACACCGGGGAACUGGCUGCCAUUAAAGUUAUUAAGCUGGAACCUGGUGAGGACUUUGAGGUGGUGCAGCAGGAGAUCAUUGUGAUGAAGGACUGCAAACACUCCAACAUCGUGGCCUACUUCGGCAGCUAUCUCCGGAGAGAUAAAUUAUGGAUCAGCAUGGAGUACUGCGGAGGAGGAUCUCUGCAGGAUAUUUAUCACGUGACUGGGCCUCUGUCCGAGUCUCAGAUUGCGUAUAUGUCACGGGAAACCCUUCAGGGUUUGUACUAUCUCCACAACAAAGGCAAAAUGCACAGAGACAUUAAGGGAGCAAAUAUUCUAUUGACAGACAACGGCUAUGUGAAAUUAGCUGACUUUGGUGUAUCAGCACAGAUCACUGCCACGCUGGCUAAGAGGAAGUCCUUCAUUGGAACUCCAUACUGGAUGGCUCCAGAGGUGGCAGCAGUGGAGAGGAAGGGAGGCUACAACCAGCUGUGUGAUAUCUGGGCCGUGGGCAUCACUGCCAUUGAGCUGGCCGAGCUGCAGCCUCCUAUGUUUGACCUGCACCCCAUGAGGGCCCUUUUCUUGAUGACAAAGAGUAAUUUCCAGCCGCCCAAAUUGAAAGACAAAGUGAAGUGGGGAAAUAAUUUCCAUCAUUUUGUCAAAUUGUCCCUGACGAAAAAUCCCAAGAAGAGGCCAACAGCAGAGAAACUGUUACAGCACCCAUUUGUGUCACAGCCUCUCAGUCGAACCCUGGCCAUCGAGCUGCUGGACAAAGCCAACAACCCAGACCACACCACAUACAAUGACUUUGAUGAUGACGACCCUGAACCAGAGGUAGCCUUCCACAAGCUUCCCACAAUAAGUUGGGAGCACCAGGAAGGGAAGACGUUGUCUGAGAUCACCUUUGGCCAGGUGAAGUUUGACCCCCCGUUGAGGAAGGAGACAGAGCCCCAUCAUGAGCUGGAUCUUCAACGGGACUAUGGACAUGAAUCUCCAAGCCUGGUGGGAGGGAACAAGAGUCUUCUCAAAUCAGUGGAGGAGGAGUUUAAGCAGAGCAAACACAGUACCAUCAUGAGGCCGAAAGUCCCACCCCCACUUCCCCCCAAGCCCAAAUCUAUCUGUCCGCCCCAGGAGAGCCCAUCCCAGGGAGAGGAUGAUGUAGGCGGAGGGGGGACCAUCAAACGCUGCCCCGUACCUGAGAGCCCCGCGCGACCCGCCUCAAAUGUACCCCCCCGCCCUCCACCCCCACGCCUGCCCCCCUCAGACGCAGUAGCCUAGGUAACGAGAUACACAGAGCCAGGCUGGCUCAGAGCCCAUGGGAAUGAUGCUGGGAGCUUUAGGCAUUUCUGGGAGUGGCUUCAUGCCCCACACACGGAAGAGGAGUUGGAAGAUGUGUUGGAGGAGGAAGAAGAGAGUAACGGAUUGAGCUCUCACCAGAAUGGAGAAAAGGACAGUGCUGCAGAGAGGCAGUCCACCAUGCCCCCUAGUGUCCCCAUACGGAAAGACAAGAAGGACAUUCCAAAGCCAAUCAGUAAUGGUCUCCCACCCACACCCAAGGUCCAUAUGGGGGCCUGUUUCUCCAAGGUGUUCAACGGCUGCCCGUUGAAAAUCCACUGUGCCACGUCCUGGAUCAACCCAGACACCAGAGACCAAUAUUUGAUAUUUGGUGCUGAGGAGGGGAUCUACACUUUAAACCUGAAUGAACUGCACGAGACGUCAAUGGAGCAGCUCUUUCCCCGGCGUUGCACUUGGCUUUAUGUUAUGAACAACUGCUUGCUCUCUAUAUCCGGAAAAGCCUCCCAGCUCUACUCUCAUAACGUAGCUGGUCUGUUCGAGCAUGCCCGGCAAAUGCAGAAGUUACCCAUGGCCAUUCCCACACACAAACUCCCAGACAAAAUGAUUCCAAGGAAGUUUGCCGUAUCUAAUAAGAUUCCAGAUACAAAAGGUUGCCAAAAGUGCUGUGUGGUGAGGAACCCAUACAGUGGUCACAAGUACCUGUGUGGAGCGUUCCAGUCCAGUGUGGUUCUGCUGGAGUGGGUGGAGCCCAUGCAGAAGUUCAUGCUCAUCAAGAAUAUCGACUUCCCCCUGCCCUGUCCUCUGGAGGUGUUUGAGAUGCUGGUGGUACCAGAGCAGCAGUACCCUCUCAUCUGUGUGGCCGUCAGCAAGGGCACCGAGCUCAGCCAAGUGGUCCGCUUCGGAACGGUCAACCCCAACUCAACAUCCUCCUGGUUCACAGAGGCCGAUACGCCCCAGACGUGUGUCAUCCACGUCACCCAGUUGGAGAGGGACACCAUAUUAGUUUGUCUCGACAGGUGUAUAAAGAUAGUGAACCUACAGGGACGGUUGAAGUCAAGCAGGAAGUUAUCUGCUGAGCUGACGUUUAACUUCCAGAUCGAGGCGAUAGUGUGUCUCCAAGAUAGCGUUCUGGCGUUUUGGAGGCAUGGUAUGCAAGGGCGGAGUUUCAAGACCAAUGAGAUCACCCAGGAGAUCUCUGAUAACACACGGAUCUUCAGACUGCUGGGAUCUGACAGAGUGGUGGUGCUGGAAAGCAGGCCGACAGACAACCCCACAGCACCCAGCAACCUCUACAUCCUGGCUGGACACGAGAACAGCUACUGAUCAAACCGCACAGCAUCCUGGGAACACAAGUAACUAGAGACAGACAGACACAGACACUAGAGACAGACAGACACAGACACUAGAGACAGACAGACACA